ACACACACACCAUACACACGCACAAACACAUACAUACACACACAAACACACACACAACACACAGAGCUCUAAGAUAAUAGAAUGUUUGAAGAUGCGCAUGCGCGGCUGCAGAUUGCUACCAAUUGCCAUAUCGUUAAUCGUAUUCAUCAUUUUGGGCAUCAGCUACAUAACAAGUCCGCUGCGUGAGAGUGCCGCCCGCCGCAAACUGGAACGGGAUGAGUUUCUUGUCCAUUUGCCAGCCAACAGCGACGAGGACAAGUCAACAGUUGCGGCCAGCGCUCAUCUGGCAAAGAAGCAGCAGCUGCAGCCAGGAGCUGGCCCCCUGCUGAAUCUGAGCGAUUUUGAUUAUCUGCUGGCCAGCAAUGUGUGUCGACGGGCCGAACGGGAGCUGCUGGCUGUGCUCAUUGUCACCUCGUAUGCGGGGCAUGAUGCACUGCGCGCCGCGCACCGCCAGGCGAUCGCCCAGAGCAAGCUGGCCGAGAUGGGGCUGCAACGCGUCUUUCUUUUGGCCGCGCUGCCGGCACGUGAACGCUUCCUGACACAGGCGCAGCUGGCUAACGAACAGGCGCGCUUCGGGGACCUGCUGCAGGGUAACUUUGUGGAGGACUAUCGCAAUCUCAGCUACAAGCAUGUGAUGGGUCUGCGCUGGGCGGCCGGUGAAUGCCGGCAGCGCGCCAAAUUCAUCAUUAAGCUGGACGAUGACAUCAUCUACGAUGUAUUCCAUUUGCGGCGCUAUCUUGAAUCUCUGGAGCUUAGCCAGCCGGCGCUGGCCACCAGCAGCACCCUGCUGGCGGGCUUUGUGCUCGACGCCAAGCGGCCGAUACGGCUGCAGGCGAGCAAAUGGUAUGUGACACGACAGGAGUAUUCGCACGCCCUCUAUCCGGCCUAUCUAUCCGGCUGGAUGUAUAUCACAAAUGUGCCCACUGCCGCCAGGCUGGUGGCGGAGGCGGCACGCAUGCCCAUCUUCUGGAUCGAUGACACCUGGCUGACGGGCAUUGUGCGCUCACGCCUCGGCAUUCCCCUAAUGCGGCACAACAACUGGUAUUCGGCCAAUUCCGAAUUCCUCGACUGCUGUCUGCGCGACCUCAGGCUACAUGGCUACGAAUGCGAGUACUUUGCGGGACCCAAUGGGGGCGAUGCCAAGCUGCUCGUUGAGUUUCUGCACAACGUGGAGAAGUGCUACUUUGACGAAUGCAUUAAACGGCCGCCUGGCAAAUCCCUUCAAGCAACGUGUUUGGCCAGCGUCAAAUCGCCGGCUCUGGAGCAUGGAAUCGCUGACAUUCAGCCGCUCAAGCUGAGAUGACCUCCAGUUGUCGAGAUUUCUUCAUCUAGACUAAGGCACUUUAGGCUUAAGUCAUUCCAUGUGCAAGCUGGCAGCCUUUGACUCGUCCACAUCGCUGCCAGUCAUCGUAUGUACUAUUUAGACUGUAGGAUCGAAAAGUACACCGAUCAGCGUAUACUCUAACUUAUUUUAUAGCUAACUUAUCGCAUCACUG